AGUUUCGAGAAAAGGAAAUAAGUUACAAACGAAAAGAAUAAAGUGUUAUUUUAAGAUUGAAAAUUGUACAGGAAGCGCUAAAGGAAAACGCCGUUAUCAAGCAGAUAAGAUUUCCGUCAUAGUGAUUCUACUUUCACGAGAUGAAUCUCGGCCAGCUCAACGAUGAUCAGAAAACUGUCCUGAAGCAGUUUCGCGAGGCGGUGAAAGAUUGCAAACUACCAGAAACUGACGAUGUCUAUCUACUGCGAUGGCUUAUCGCUCGCGAUUUCGAUUUGGCCAAGGCUGAAAAGAUGCUCCGGAAUUCGAUGGAAUGGCGCCGCAAAUAUAAAGUCGACACCGUUCUACAGGACUAUGAAAUACCGGAAGUGUUGACCAAGUACUUUGCUGCCGGCUACAUUGGUGUGGAUAAAUUGAAUAGCUACACGGUGGCCGUUCGAUACGGAGCCAUGGAUUUGAAGGGCAUCCUACUUUCGGCCAAGAAAAGAGACUACCUUAUGUACGUGAUUGAAAUAGUGGAGAGAACCUUCCAAAGAGUUCGGAAUAACCCCAAGAAAUUCAAGCGUUCUCCCGAUGCCAUUGCCCAGUCAACGGUUAUCUUUGAUAUGGCCGGUUUUUCGAUGCGCCACAUCACGUACAAACCAGCCUUAGACACGGCCAUUCAACUGGUCCAGUUGUACGAGGGAAACUAUCCGGAACUGCUGCGGCGUGUCUUCAUUAUCAAUGCUCCUAAGAUUUUCUCUGUUCUGUUCUCUAUGUUGAAACCAUUUAUGCACGAGAAAACCAGAAACAAAAUUCAAAUUUUUAGCCAUGAUGCUAAACAAUGGAAGGCAGCCCUCCUGGAAGAUAUCGACGAAGACCAAUUGCCUGUUUGCUAUGGAGGAACGAUGACUGAUCCUGAUGGGAACCCCAAUUGCAUCACAAAGGCAACUACCAUACAAAAAUUUCUUUUCUAUGUAAUUUAAACACUUUAAACUAAAUUGCAGGUCAAUAUGGGAGGCGAAGUACCCAAGUCUUACUAUCUAAAUGGAAAAUCUAGCACCACCGACAAGAAGUGCUUAUCCAUCUCAAGUGGUUCCAAAGAACUUUUGGAAUUCCAUGUGAAAAACGCUGGAACAGUGUUAAAAUGGGAUUUUCAUUCGGAAGAGAGUGACAUCGCUUUUGCCGUGUACAGGAAACAAGGCAAUGAAUUGAUUCCCGUCGUUCCUCACGAUCGCGUCGAUUGUCACAUGUCUCCCGAAGAAGGAGAAAUCUAUUGCGACUACACUGGUGUUUAUGUGGUGGAAUUCGACAAUAGCUUCAGCUACCUCCGUUCGAAAAAGAUUUGGUACUCGAUCACUAUCGACUCGUCCAAACCGGUCUGCUUGAACGGCAACAAUUUGGAUUAUUUGGAUGCGGAAAUACAAACAAAUCAAAAGAAUAACAAUCGAUCUGUUGACUUUAAACGGGGAAUAAGAUUACUAAGGAAGAAACUCUACAAGGUCAAAUUUGAGCACAACAUCUACGACAUCAGUAGCCUCUUCAUCAUGGAUCUACGGCACCUUAGUGAUGACCAGAAAAACAUCUUAAAACAGUUUCGCGAAGCUGUCAGAGAUUGUAAUGUACCCGAAUCGGACGAUGUCUACCUUCUACGAUGGCUCAUCGCGCGAGAGUUCGACAUCCCAAAGGCAGAGAAAAUGCUCCGCACUUCAUUGGAAUGGCGCCGCCAGUACAAAAUCGACAGCAUCCGGGAAGAUUUCAAACCGCCGGAAGUAUUGAAAAAGUACUUCUCGGCUAGUUUCGUCGGUCGCGACAAGACGCAAAGUCCUCUGUGGAUUGUGCGGUACGGAAUGUCGGACGUCAAGGGCAUCCUUCGUUCAGUCAAGAAGAAAGAUUACGUCAUGUACGUCGUUUACCUGGUUGAAAGCAGCAUCGCCCGAGUCCAUGCCGAUCCCAAGAAAUUCAAACGUUCUCCUACGGCUAUAGUGCAAUCGACCAUCAUCUUUGACAUGGAGGGUUUCUCUAUGCAGCACAUUACUACCAAACAAGCUAUGGAUUCCGCCAUCAAAAUUCUUCAGGUGUACGAAGCGAAUUACCCUGAGCUUCUUAGUCGUGUUUUAAUCGUUAACGCACCAAAAAUCUUUUACGUUUGUUACAACAUGUUAAAGCCCUUCUUGCACGAGCGAACUCGAGAUAAGAUCCAGAUUUUCAGCCACGACGUCAAGCAGUGGAAGCCGGUCGUUUUGGCAAAUGUGAUUGCCGAAGAAACACCCGCCUGCUAUGGAGGAACUUUAACCGAUCCCGAUGGCAAUCCAAACUGCGUUACAAUGGUCAACAUGGGAGGAGAGGUCCCGAAGUCGUACUAUUUUAGUGGCAAACCAGAUACGACUAAUAAAAAGUCUUUGACGAUUUCUAGCGGCUCCAAAGAGCACUUGGAAAUUCAAGUGAAAGAAGCGGGCGCCCUCCUCAAAUGGGAUUUUCACUCGGAAGACAGCGAUAUCGCGUUUGCUGUGUACCACAAACAAGACAGCGAAUUAGUUCCCGUUGUACCUCAUGAUCGCGUCGAUUGUCACUUGGCCGCUGAAGAGGGAGAAAUUCAAUGCGACGAGGCUGGAACCUAUGUAGUCGAGUUCGACAAUCACUUUAGUUACCUUCGCUCCAAGAAGGUUUGGUAUUCGAUUUCGGUAGCAGCAGCUUCGACGAGGGGCGCAAACGGCACUGACUUGGAUAACAUUUAACUGCAAAAACAACUGGAUCGGGAAAUCAGAAUAUUGGUUUAAUAGUCAAAAUGGGGGGGGGGGGGGGGGGAUCUGUAAUAAGAAGUUUUAAGACAAUUAAUUUUAUAUUUUCCAUAUUCCGGAGGGCAACAAAACCAUAGGAAAAAAACGAGGGUUUCGAAGGGAAAUGUCUACAUUAUCUUCAAAAUGUUUCGAGCCAAAUAAAAAAAAAAAGAGAAAACGGAUGAUGUUGUGAGAUUCGACACAACAUGAGAAAGAUUCUUUUCCAGAGUUUCUACUUCGCUAAAAAGAGAAUUGAUUGUGGUCCAGAGAGAACAUCUGUUGGGUGCUUGAAAAUGAACAUAAAAACAUCACACACGAGUAUAUAUAACAUAACGUCCAUACAUCUGUUGCUGGUUGCAAGGAUA